AUGUUUGGCUGUGAGUGUUUUUGUUGGGAUACUGUCCUUGAAUCCUCUCUCUCUGAUCCACUUCCUUAUUCUCUUCCUUCACCUCUUCCACAAUGGCCACAAGGUGGAGGUUUUGGCUAUGGAAGAAUGUCCCUUGGGAAAAUACAAGUUAUGAAAGUAGACAAGUUUGAGAAAGUUUGGAGAUGCACAAAUUUGAAUGGAAAGUCAUUAGGUUUUACAUUUUAUAGACCUUUGGAGAUUCCAGAUGGAUUUUCCUGUCUUGGUUACUAUUGCCAGCCCAAUGAUCAGCUGUUGCGAGGGCACGUUCUUGUUGCGAGGGAAACUAGUUCUCAAACUCAACUUGAUUGUUCUGCAUUAGAGCCCCCAGCUCUGAUAAAACCAGUUAACUACUCGUUGAUAUGGAGCAUGGAUUCACAUGAUGAAUGUGUUUACUUUUGGUUGCCAAACCCUCCAACGGGUUAUAAAACCGUCGGGAUAGUAGUUACUACUAGUCCGGAUGAACCGAGAGUUGAUGAAGUUAGAUGUGUGAGAAUUGAUCUAACGGAAGUUUGUGAGACAUCUGAUCUAUUAUUAAUGAUAAAGUCAAAGAAAAAUUGUUUCCAGGUUUGGAAGACGGAACCCUGCGAUAGAGGUAUGCUGGCGAGUGGUGUACCUGUUGGGACAUUCUUCUGUGGCACUGACUACUUUGAUUCUGAACAAGUGGUGGAUGUUGCGUGUUUGAAGAAUCUUGAUUCUUCAUUGCAUGUAAUGCCGAAUCUCAACCAGGUUCACGCGCUUAUUGAGCAUUACGGGCCGACUGUAUAUUUUCAUCCUGAUGAGGUAUACAUGCCAUCUUCAGUGCCGUGGUUUUUCAAAAAUGGAGCGCUUUUGUAUACCGCGGAUAGUGCGAAGGGAAAAACUAUAGAUUAUGACGGCUCAAAUUUACCUUGUGGUGAAUGCAAUGAUAGUGCGUUUUGGAUUGAUUUGCCUAUUGAUGAAGAUGCAAGAAAUAAUCUAAAGAAGGGAAACCUCGAGAGUGCAGAACUAUAUGUUCAUGUAAAACCGGCAUUAGGAGGAGCCUUUACCGAUAUUGCAAUGUGGGUUUUCUGCCCCUUUAAUGGUCCUGCCACACUUAAAGUGGCAUUGAUGAACAUUGAGAUGACUAAGAUAGGGGAACAUGUUGGUGAUUGGGAGCACUUCACGCUUCGCAUAAGCAACUUCACCGGAGAACUUUGGUCGGUUUUUUUCUCUGAGCACAGUGGAGGUAAAUGGGUGGACACAUUCAAUUUGGAGUUUAUUAAGGAUAAUAAACCGAUAGUUUAUUCAUCAAGACACGGUCAUGCUAGCUACCCUCAUCCCGGGACUUACCUUCAGGGAUCAUCCAAACUUGGAAUAGGAGUUCGAAACGACGCUGCUAAAAGUAACUAUAUUGUGGAUUCAAGCUUCAGAUAUAAGAUUGUUGCGGCGGAGUAUCUUGGUGAUGGAGUCAUUACAGAACCACGUUGGUUGCAGUAUAUGAGAGAGUGGGGACCUACCAUUGUAUACGAUUCACGGUCCGAAAUAGAAAAGAUAAUAGACUUGCUUCCAAUAUUUGUUAGGUUUUCAGUGGAGAACCUAUUUGAAUUAUUUCCAACUGAGCUUUAUGGUGAGGAGGGACCAACUGGUCCAAAGGAGAAGGACAAUUGGCUUGGAGAUGAAUAUUGCUAA